CACGGUGGCCGCCGGGAUGCCGGCUCCUCCCCAGGUCCUCCGAGCCCGGAAAUCACGGUGGCCGCCGGGAUGCCGGCGCCUCCCCAGGUCCUCCGAGCUCGGAAAUCACGGUGAAUAACCUACCAGUUCCAGCGUGUCUUGAUGCGCGCCGACGCAUGAUGUCAGCACGCCCCAUUGCACGCUGGGAUAUCGGAGGCUAUCUCGGUCCUCCAACCCUUCCAGCCGUUCCGCUGGGUUUAAGUGGCCGCUGCUCCGCCACCUGAGCGCCGCCUCUCUCCUCUCCGUCGCUGCCGGUUGCCUGGGCGGGGUUUCGGGUCAGAUUGCUGCUGUGACAUGGCUACAUGAUCGAGGGAAUGUGUACCAGGGAAGAGGCCGGCCUCCUCCUCCUCCUGCUGCUGCUGCUGCCCUUGUCUGAGGCUGAGGGAGCGCCCCAAGCACUCGCCACUUUACAAGAGGCUCUUUGGGGAGGAUCUGGAAUUCUUAUUGACAAUUGAUAAAUGCUUCACAAGUUGGGAGAGUUUGAUCGUAGCCAGGAAUGGAAGUGAAGCUGACUGACUUCACUCUGGAAUUUCAAUAGCCCAAUCACCUGUGCAAAUUACUUGGUUCCAAAACUUCCAGAACAGAUGCUCCCUGACCUACUGAGUAUUUUCAGCAUAUUUGUUUCGUGAGGAAUCUGGUGAAGUUUCAUGGUACACUUUAGGCUGGGUGACCAAAACUCUACACAAUACUCCAGGGUGCCGUGUUGACACCGGUGCAGAGGAGGAUGGGGAAGAGGCGGUGCCUUCAAGCAGAGCCGACCCUCGAGCAGAAGAUAGCAGCGGGUUGCUGUGGAGUAAAGAAGCCCAAGCUAUCUGGCAGCAAUGUGCACAACCAGCUGAAUCACUCUGGCACCGGCCUAGGCUGUGGCUCGGUGCCUAGCCUGCAGUCUGGAACAGCCCUGGGGAACCACCACAACUACAGCCAGAACCACAACUACAGCCAGAACCAUUGCGAGAGGAAUAACCGGGAGAGCAAUGGGAACCUGAACUCCUUGAACUCCACACUCAGCUCCGUGACUGGGCUGACUGCAGUGGGAAGUCGUCCAAACGGGACUGGGCACAGUGGGACCAGUGGACUGAAUGUGAGGAACUUGGUGGUGACCGCAGAGAUGUGCUGCUACUGCUUUGAUGUGUUGUACUGUCAUCUGUAUGGAUUCCCACUGCCCCGAUCACCCAGGUUCACCAAUGACCCAUACCCGUUGUUUGUAACAUGGAAGAUGGGCCGGGAUAAACGUCUGCGAGGCUGCAUUGGAACCUUCUCUGCCAUGAACCUUCAUUCAGGACUCAGGGAAUACACACUUACCAGUGCCCUUAAGGACAGUCGCUUCCCCCCGCUGACUCGUGAGGAACUUCCCAAACUCUUCUGCUCUGUUUCGCUGCUCACUAACUUUGAGGAUGCCACCGAUUACCUGGACUGGGAGGUGGGAGUACAUGGGAUUCGAAUAGAGUUUGUGAAUGAGAAGGGGGCAAAACGCACAGCAACGUACCUACCGGAAGUGGCCAAGGAACAGGACUGGGACCAGAUUCAGACUAUAGACUCUCUUUUGCGUAAAGGAGGUUACAAAGCUCCCAUCACAAAUGAAUUCAGGAAAGCAAUCAAGCUCACCAGGUACCGCAGCGAGAAAAUAACAAUUAGCUACGCUGAGUACAUGGCUUCGCGACAGCACUAUUUUCAGAAUGGCACCCUCCAUGCCCCACCUCUCUACAAUCAUUACUCCUGACAACAAGCAGCACGACCAAUCACAGGACUCCAGCUACCACCUCAUUGGAGGUGACGCCUCCUCUUCCUGGUCUAGUUACUUUUACUACUGCACUAUUUUAUGAUGCUAGCUUCCGUUGCCAAGCACGCCUUCGGUUAGCUCUACCUCAGACAGACUUGGCAACGGAACGCUGCGACAAGACAGAAUAUUGUUUUGGGGAAGGGAGGGAUUUCUAACAAAUCUUGUUUCUGUUUCUAUACUUGUUUACCUAUGUUUGCCUUACUUUGGUAACUUGCAGGACUCCAUGUAUGAGUUGCAAGUUUUUUAGUACUGAAACCAUUGACGUGCGUAGGGUGCUCAGUCUCUUCACCAAUGGAUGAUGUAUCCACUGGGUUGUUGCUUUAGUCUUGCCUCCCUAAACCCAAAGGUCACUGGUUUGCAGUUUUCAUUUGGUGAAUCGUGGGAUGUGAUUUCCCCAAAAUGCUGCUCAAAGUGGGGAGAAAAUUCCAAAAUCCUGUGUAAUAAAAACAGAGUUUGACAUUAUUCAGUCCGCACAAGCCAAUGGUCAGUCAGUAGGUGCAGUUGAAAAUACAGUCAGGACUGAAACGCUUUCCUAUGUUACUUUAAAGUCCUGUUCCCCAUGACACGAGUAAGUAUUAACUUGAAGUAAAUAGCGGGACUUCUAACGGACAGGCUGUGCAUAAUUGCCAAGUGGUACGCAAUUAUGUGUGCGUGCCUACAGGUCAAGCAUAAACCAAGUGUGAAUGCUGGAUUUCUUUGCACAUUAUACAAGAUUUCAGCACAGUCCCAGUUCCAGCAGUCACUCUGGCAAUAAUCUGGUUACCUUUUAAUCAACAGUGUUGGAGGGGUAGUAAAAUCUAGUUUUUUUUUGUUGGCCUCAUUUACUACUUGUAUAUCUAUAGCCCAAGCAUACAUUUUGUGAAUGAAAACCCUUUGAUAAAGUGAAUUGUAUUUA